AUGCCUUCUAAGAAAGGACUUGUUUUUCGCGUUACUGGUCUGCCAGCCGAACAGCCUGACGAGGAGCUGAAUACCAAACUGAGGGCUGUGAUCGGCGAUAACCUGUCGGACGAAGAAAAAUCACAAUUAAGUUUUACUACAACUGUUGUACCGUCCUGCUAUAAUGAUCCAGAAAGGGUUGCCCUGGUAGAGUUUCAUGGCGGGGUUCCCAACUUUUUGUCUGACCUGGCGGCAAACCCGCUAGAAUACUGGCAGGUCGAGAUGGGUGAUACAGAUAUCAAUUUUGACCGACACUUUUUGGGGUUCACACAGUUAUACACACCAAAGCUAGAUGCGCCGGUUACCGCAGAGUAG